AUGGCCCCUCACGCCGACGCUCCUGGCCCUCACAAGAAUCUCAUCGGCCACCGCAUCGCCGAUGGGCGUCUGGAGUUGGUCUCGGUGCUGGGUCUGGGCGCAUACGGUGUCGUCUACUUGGCUCCGUCCAACGGUGGCUCCGCUGCCACGGGCUUCUACGCCGUCAAGUGCCUCUCCAAACAAGGUCUCGAUGCUCGUCAACGCUCCUUCCAGCGCCGCGAAAUCAUGCUCCACACCAUUGCAUCCAAUCACCCAUCAGUCGUCACUCUGCACCGCGUCAUCGAUGCGCCCGAGGAUCCCUGCGUUUAUGUCAUUCUCGACUACUGCCCCGACGGUGACCUCUUCAGCAUGAUCACCGAGCACCAGCGCUACCUCCGUGCAGCGAUGGACUCCCUCAUCAAGUCCGUCUUCUGCCAGAUCCUCGACGCCGUAGAAUUCUGCCACUCGUACGGCAUUUACCACCGUGACCUCAAGCCAGAGAACAUCCUCUGCCUCCAAGGCGGCAACAAGGUCGUCCUUGCCGACUUUGGUCUAGCUACUGGGGAGAAGUCUUCGACCGACUUUGGGUGCGGCUCAACUUUCUACAUGGGGCCCGAAUGCCAAGGAGGCAUCACUAGCCGUCUCAGCGAGUACAGCACAGCAGCCAAUGACGUGUGGUCGCUGGGCGUCAUCCUCGUCAACCUCAUCUGUGGGCGCAAUCCAUGGAAACAAGCUUGCACCGCAGACGAGACGUUCCGCGAGUAUCUCCGUCGCCCCGACUUUCUCAUGGACAUCCUUCCCAUCUCAGAAGAGGCCAACGCCAUACUCAAGCGCAUCUUCACCGUCCGAGCAGACUGGCGCAUCAACACGCGCGACCUGCGCAAGCUCAUCCACCAAGUCCGUCACUUCACCGUGACC